GCCUUCCUUCCCCCUCCAUAUCACAUCACCCCGUCAAGUCGUGAAACUGUCUGAUUGCGACCUUCGUACACUCCCACUCAAUUCUGCGAUACCACUCUUUAGACCUGGAUCGUCCAUGGCAUCUGCGUUGGCUGCUGUGGCUUUCGCGUGCGUCGCUUUGCUUGCAUGUCUCCUUCCUGCGUACUGGACUUCGCGGAACAUCGCCAUGAUGGCUCUUAUCUGCUGGCUGUUCAUCUGCAAUGCCAUCCAAGGCGUGAACGCCGCAGUUUGGGAAGGAAGUGUCGAAGUAAGAGCACCUGUACAAAACUGCUGCUCGGCGCACGAGUGGCAGUACCUGCAGCUUGCUUAUGUCUAUCCAAUCGAGUGAGACAUCUUCUCAUGACGGGCGACGCCAAAGGGGGCAUCGGCGUCCUCUCCUUUGAUCUGGCAAUGUAUAUAAUCGUGCAAGACCACAGAUUUAACCUAACGGAGAACAUCGGUUGCUCACCAGCUGUAUACAACUCCGUUCCCGCACUUGUCCUGGUCUGGUUACCACCGUUCAUUCUCUGCAUAUCGGCCAUCGUCCUCACCUGUAUCACUAUGUAUCGCGGUCACCGUCGCGGUUUCGCGCUGGCCCGCACCAGUCGGUCAGUGGGUUCUAGCCCCCACACCUUCGAUUUUCUCCGGCCGCUGCUCAGGUCCCUCCUGAUUGCGUCGCUAUUUCUGACUUCUUCUACGUUCACCUUACAUGCUGCGCUUGCAUCCACUCCUCACCUGCUUCCUUGGACGUCCUGGGACGUGGUACACAUGCAACUGUCCCACGCGAACGUCGUCUCCCGCUCUGCGACUCUUACCGUGACAGAUAUCGAGGUGACAUGGUGGAUGAUACCCACCUCGUCCUUCGUUCUCAUCGGCAUCUUCCUCGUGAAUCUAGCUCGUGCGUCCCGGGAGGACUGCUCGCUGGAUGGCUAUCGCACGAUGGUUUGGCGGGCCAGCACCCUCUUCACGGGCACGGGCAAGGACGAGAUGAGGCCGCUGUCUUGCUCUUCUUCCGUCAUGGACCUGCAGCCGCAAAUGUCGUCGAAACGCUCCUCCGAGACGCUGAAGUCGAUCCACCCUAUGGACCCGGAGCGUAAGGGGAGCACACGUUCUCGUGCCCAUAUGCGCGUCAAGCUCGCGCCGCUGUCCUUUCAGCCUCCGGACGGCAAGGCCGCGUCGCCCCCGACCUCUAUCGACUCUGACGAUACGGAUAUCAGCUUCGCCCAAUCUGCAAUGUCUUACCUCGAUUCGCCGGUCGGUCGCGCAACGAUAGCCUCGAUGCCCCGUCCACCUUCCAUUUUCCGACCCGCCAAUAUACCUGGAUAUUUACCUGACGUACCUCCACCUGUUGCUAUCUCAGAAUCAGUGAGGCCAACCAACGACGGAGAAGAGAUUCACAGACCAAGCUCGCGUCGCCGACCAAGUUCCAUAAUUUCAGGUCCAUGGCCGCGACCUCCCUCCUCUCUCCCGCCUUCGCCUGUGAAGGGAAGGACUGCGUCUCCCGUCUCUCCUACCACGCCUACCGCGACUCCUCUCAUCGCUUCCGAUGAAAUCGUCGUGAUUCCCGUACCGCCACCAGCAGUCCACCGCCUGCGUCCGCCAAGCACCGUCUCUGUCGAUAUGAGCCUCGCGUCAUCCACGGUCAGCACUUCCGCGUAUGCGCUCGAGUCCCCGGAUGUUCUGCACGACUCGCCGACGCUCCCCCAUUUCCCUCCUUUUGCAAACGCUGGAGUGCCGGCAGAUGGUUCGGGGAGAGGCCACAAUGCGGGUUCGCCGAGGCAGGCGAGAAGGACGCGUAGCAAGGACGGCCUCCCUACUCUCGGGAGAAACUUGAGUCUCAACGGCCUGCGCGGGCGGGAGAAGCGACCGGAGGGCUUAGAUGGAGGUGCCAUCUAUAUGACUGUCGUCCAUGAGACUGUCCAUUGUUCUGUAUCAUAGUUGACUGACCCGUUCACAUACCUAGGUAAUGUAGCACGAUCGGACAAUCCACUUAGGUUGUGUUGUUACACUGGUGUAAUGCGCGAUACAACACAGGUGCUUCAACAAUCCCACUUGAACGUAAAGAAUGAGUGAAGACUCGGUGAAGA